AUGAAAAUUCGUUUCGGUCGAAAAAAGGACCGUAUCAAGAAAGGAUUGCUAGAAUUUAUAAUUUUUGAUUAUCAAACUGAAAGGAUCAAAAGAUUAUUUGCCAAAAAUCCAAUUAUAGAUGUAUUUGCAAAAACAAACGCACAAAUGGUCAGAGUCCUUGUACUUGUAAAAGAUUAUCCUUCUGUGGAAAUUUGUUCUGGUGACAAAUUUGCAUACCAUAUAAACGUAGUACUUA